AUGCUGUGCCUAGAAGAACACAUACAUAGUGAAUGUGGCUGUUUUAGUGCUGUGAACGACCUACUGCAGGCGCUGAAGACCACGCUACCUCGCUGCAGCCCCACCAACCUCACCCAAGAUUUGUGUCGGUAGAUCGAGAUUAAGAAGGUGGGAGAGGAUGAUUUGGGUGACUGUCCACCAGCCUGCGAUGAGUUGAUCUGCACUCCACUCGUCUCAAUGAACCAAGUUAACAUGAAGUUUAUGAAUUUAGUGAAGAACACCAAAGAUUUCUACGUGGGUCAAGAUGUCUGCUCUGAAUAAGUUAGCAUGGACAAUAAUACUGUACGCAUUCAUGUUUACAUCGAAAGUAUGCAACAGGAAGUGAUUUGGAAAGUCCAGCAAAGUCGCAUGUUGUCAGAGAUUGGCGGCAACUUAGGAUUGUUCAUCGUCCUGUCUCUGGUAACAUUGCUUGAAUUACUGGAGUUUUUCUUCGAGUUUAUGGUGUGGGGGAGUAGAGGAACCUGCCGUGGUGGCUGUAGGUGCUGCUGUAGUGGUGGUGGUGGUGGUAAGGAUGAUGACACUACCAGCCCAAUGACUUCACCUGUGGAACCUAUCAUUCUACAACAAGAUAAACAUUUUCUUCGUGGGGGUGUUGGUGCUGGGAUGCCUCCUAAUAAUUUAUUCUUGUCUCCUGUUGCACCCAUUAUCGUCUGCCAGGAUAAGCUUGUUCCUGCCAUGCCUCAUGAUAGCCUUGUUCCUGCCACGCCUCAUGAUAGCCUUGUUCCUGCCACGCCUCAUGAUAACUUUGUUCCUGCCACGCCUCAUGAUUAA